GCAAAUAUAGUAAAAGGGAUAUUCUGGUAGGACGUAUGCCUACCAUUAGUUCUGAAUACUGGUGAGGUUUUGAGGGCAAAAUGGCUGUGAUGAUUGGAAUCGCUUUCAGAGUUUCUUGGCUUUGUUGCCUGCUAAUUGGAGGGAUAACGUGUUCUACAUCAGAAGGUGAUUGGUCUCCUGCACUGGAUUCUAAUGCAGCAUGGCUCUAUGCAGGAUCACUUCCGUCUCUAGGAUAUGGCAAUUAUAAGUCUCAGACAUCUCAACUGCAAGCGCAACAGAAACAUCCGGCCGCCAUCCUGCGGAAGGAACUGGCCCCCAUGUCCCAGCAACCUCGGCAAGUGUGGCAUCAAGCUAACAUGCUGCAGCAGAAGCAACCGCCCGCCGUGCCCCAGCAAGUGUGGCAUCAAGCUCACAUGCUGACGCAACCACCGACCGCCGUGCCCCAGCAAGUGUGGCAUCCAGCUCAAAUUCCCCUGCAGCAGAAGGAACCGACCGCCGUGCCCCAGCAAGUGUGGCAUCCAGCUCAAAUGCCCCUGCAGCAGAAGGAACCGACCGCCGUGCCCCAGCAAGUGUGGCAUCCUAAUCAAAUGCCCCAGAAGCAACGGAACGCCGUGCCCCAGCAAGUAUGGCAUCCUAAUAAAAUGCUGCAAAAGCAACCGACCGCCGUGCCCCAGCAAGUGUGGCAUCCUGCUCUAAUGCCCGUGCCGUGCCCCAGCAAGUGUGGCAUCCUUUCUAAUGCCCGUGCAGCAGAAGCAACCCGCCGUGCCCCAGCAAGUGUGGCAUCCAGCUCAAAUGCACCAGAAGCAACCGACUGCCAUGCCCCACAGAAGCAACCGACCGCCGUGCCCCAGCAAGUGUGGCAUCCAGCUCAAAUGCCCCAGAAGCAACCGACCGCCGUGCCCCAGCAAGUGUGGCAUCCUGCUCUAAUGCCCGUGCAGCAGAAGCAACCGACCGCCGUGCCCCAGCAAGUGUGGCAUCCAGCUCAAAUGCACCAGAAGCAACCGACUGCCAUGCCCCAGCAACAGAAGCAACCGACCGCCGUGCCCCAGCAAGUGUGGAAUCCUGCUCAAAUGCCCCUGCAGCAGAAGCAACCAGCAAGUGUGGCAUCCGCCAUGCCCCUGCAGCAGAAGCAACCGACCGCCCAGAAGCAACCGACCGCCGUGCCCCAGCAAGUGUGGAAUCCAGUGCCCCAGCAAGUGUGGAAUCCAUUUCACACACUGCAGAAGCAACCGACUGCCAUGCCCCAGCAAGUGUGGCAUCCUACUCAAAUGCCCCUGCAGCAGAAGCAACCGACCGCCGUCCCCCAGCAACAGAAGCAACCGACCGCCGUGCCCCAGCAAGUGUGGAAUCCAUUUCACACACUGCAGAAGCAACCGACCGCCGUGCCCCAGCAAGUGUGGCAUCCUACUCAAAUGCCCCUGCAGCAGAAGCAACCGACCGCCGUGCCCCAGCAAGUGUGGCAUCCUGCUCAAAUGCCCCUGCAGCAGAAGCAACCGACCACCGUCCCCCAGCAAGUGUGGCAUCCUGCUCUAAUGCCCCUGCAGCCGAAGCAACCGACCGCCGUGCCCCAGCAAGUGUGGCAUCCUGCUCAAAUGCCCCUGCAGCAGAAGCAACCGACCGCCGUGCCCCAGCAAGUGUGGAAUCCAUUUCACACACUGCAGAAGCAACCGACCGCCGUGCCCCAGCAACAGAAGCAACCGACCGCCGUGCCCCAGCAAGUGUGGCAUCCUGCUCUAAUUCCCCUGCAGCAGAAGCAACCGACCGCCGUGCCCCAGCUGGGGUGGCAUCCUGCUCAGUUUCCCCAGCAGAAGCAACUAGCCCCUAUGCCUCUACUGCUGAAGGAACCAACCACCAUAGCCCAGCAACCUCAGCAGGUGUGGCAUCCAGCUCAAAUGUCGAAGAAUCGAACAUCCACUGAACCUCAGCAGCAGAAGCAACCGGCCCCUGAACCUCAGCAGAAGGAACUGACCGCCAUGCCCCAGCAAAUGUGGUAUCGAGCUAAAAUGCUCCAACAGGAGAAUCAUCUGGCCGCCAUUGUCCAGCAGCCUCCGCAGGAACUGGCCGUCGAGCAGCAGCAGCAGGAACUGGCCGUCGAGCAGCAGCAGCAGGAACUGGCCGUCGAGCAGCAGCAGGAACUGGCCGUCGAGCCCCAGCAGCAGGAACUGGCCGUCGAGCCCCAGCAGCAGAAGGAACUGGCCGUCGAGCCCCAGCAGCAGAAGGAACUGGCCGUCGAGCCCCAGCAGCAGAAGGAACUGGCCGUCGAGCCCCAGCAAGUGAGGUAUCCAGCUCAAAUGGCCCAGCAGCAACCCAACCCCAUUCCUCAUCAAUUUUGGCAUGCAGCCCAAAUUUCCCAGCAGCAACUGGCCCCAAAUUCUCAGCAGAAGCACUACGAAAGCACUGAAGAUGGUGCCUCUGGUAAUUCUCAGGCCAGAGUUGUUGAACAGUCGGGUGUCAUCCCAAUCUCUUCCUACAGUUUCAAAUCGCACUACAAGAAUGGCAGAACUGGAGUCUCCCAAAUCAGCUACACUCCUAGGGAGGCAAUGCCUGUUGACAGUGGAAAUGCUCCCAAGGACGGUUAUGUUAGCAUUGGUGCACCAAGCAUAUAUCCAACACUAGUGAAGGAUUCUGCAAGGGAAAUAUAAUGGAUUCAUCCUCUAGAAGCUCUAAUGACCAGGAAGUUGCUGGUGCUCUUGCUACUCUAGUGUGAUGGAAUCAAUAAACAAUUUGACUUUAAAAAUGC